AUGGCCUUCAAUCUUCCAGGCGUGCUUGUUCUGCUUAGCCUAGUCACCCAGUCGUCAUCACAGCAGGAUGAUCCCGUCAAAGGAUUCUGUCGACGAUGGGGCCACUCAACGGCGCAGGUCGACGCAAGGCUAUACAUCGAUGGCGGCAUGAUCGGACAAGUCCCCUUCAGGUCAAACUACUCAAAUGAUUGGCUUUUGUUCAGUGAUUUGAACACUUCGACCAACGAUGCGGGAAUGCCAAUGCAGUCCGCAUACUCGAAGCCCGGUCAUAUACCUACCGUUUCGGGCGGCUAUACUUGGGCAGAUGAAACGAACAAAUGCUUCUAUCAAUUCGGUGGAGAAUUUGCCCCAGGCACUAGCCCCAUGGAUUUCAGCAUGUGGACCUACGAUGUUCUUCUCAACCAAUGGAAUACUACUGUAACAAUUGGCGAAAAGGACCCACAACGAGUAUCGUAUGGCGCAGGAACGCAAGUCGAAAGUCGUGGGCUGGGGUUCUACUUUGGCGGCUGGCUCAGCAACAAAACAACACCCGGUUGGACUGGACCUCCAAUGGCUACGAGCGGGCUGGUUCGGUUUGACAUGUCUACCGGAGAUCUACAGAAUACAACCGGUCCAGAUGACAUUGGGAGAGCUGAAGGACAACUAGUAUAUCUACCUGUGUCGGAUAGCGGCGUGCUCGUUUAUUUCGGUGGCAUCGAAGACUCGUACCGCAACGGCAGCUUUGACGCAGCAAACAUGAGUACCAUACAUGUCUACGACAUGGCUUCAUCGAAAUGGUAUACACAGACUGCUUCCGGCGAUAUACCUGACACCCGGAGGCAAUUCUGUGCUGAUGUCACCUGGCCCGAUGACCAUUCGUCGUUCAACAUAUAUCUAUAUGGUGGAUACGGCUUCGAAAACGCAACAGCGUACGACGAUGUAUACAUCCUAUCGCUUCCAUCAUUCACAUGGAUCAAGGUCUUCAGUAGUGAUGAAGUUCCCUCUCAAGUUGGUCACGGCGGUUGUAGCGCAAAUGUCGUCAACCACGCGCAGAUGUUAGUCAUAGGUGGCUGGUUUCCCCUCUACGACAAAUGCGAUGCGCCCGAGGGACAAGGACAACACAACAUGGUUUUAGGAUAUAACGGUGGGGACUCGAAGCUUUGGGAUAAGUUCAGCCCUCAGCUAGACGACUACGUAGUACCUUCACCUAUUAUUGCCGCAGUUGGAGGCGGCAAGAUCGGCAACUCGCUCUCUUCCGUCGGCUACGGAAUCAGCAUCUGCUGGAAGCUCAAAGAAGUCAAACAUAGCAGCCAUCGCUGGCGGCACAGUUGGAGGAUUGGUGGCACUGAUCGUCAUUCUGUGCCUCAUACUGUUCUGUUUACACCGACGAAAGAAAUCUUUGAAGAACAAGGAGGGUGA